AAGAAAAGCCAUGCAUCCCAUUUGCACGUCGACAAAACGAUUGCGAUUUGUUCUUUUCACCUCAUUUUAAUUUCCUUUUUCUGCUGUCCUCGUUCUCGAUUUUUCGCUCGAACUCCGAUAGUGAGAUUGGAUUUUUAUUUAUCUUAUUGUGUUUGUUCUUCCGUUUCGAAUGGAAUAAUGCUCGUGUGAUGUUCGCACUUCGAGAUGAAAAACACAGGUUUUUAUGCUAAUUGGCUGCUCUCUCAGAAUGCUUGUUAUGCCAGAACUUGCUUUUCUUUGUAGUUAGAGCACUUCUUGUGUGCUUCUAAAAGAGAGCACUUGCUUUAUAAUUGCAGGAGGGAAUGAGUAUAUUAGUUCAGAGAAUAUGGAGAUGAAUAAAGGAAGUUCCCAUUCGAAAGAGAAACCGUCUAUGGGUCGUUCUUCGUUUUCCAGUGAAGUGAAGAAGCCUUCAGAGAAGGAUUUAAGCUCCUCCACAUUUGUUAAUCAGGCUGCAAUUCAUUGGCAUGAGAGUAGAAAGAAAUGGAUCGAUAAACAAUUUCUACAACAAAGAAUGGAGAAGGAAUCAAUGAUAAGCUGGUCAACAGCAUAUGAAGAUCUGCUUUCCUCUAACGAGCCCUUCAGUGAGCCUAUACCUCUCCCGGAGAUGGUAGAUUUCUUGGUUGAUAUUUGGCACGACGAAGGGCUUUUCGAUUAGCGGUAGACAAGAUUCGAGAUCGCAGUCACCAACUCGAGCUCAUACUCGAUGACCUGCUACUACCUCCAUCUACUGAUUCCAUGAAGAUUGUAAUUCAACAUUGUUGGCAUCCUUGUUCAAACUAACUACUAAAUUCAACAUUAUUUUACUGCCAUGGCGGUAACAAUUGAUAUUUAAGUUGAAGUUUCAGAGUC